AUAGAGGAAGAAGUAGUAGAAGAAGAAGAACAACAACAACUAGUAGAUUCUGGUGAAACAGCAGCAAAAGAAGAAGUCCGUUAUCAGUAGGGCGUGUUUGUGUUUGUUUGAUUAAAGUGUCGGAGGAACCUGGAUGUGUUUAUACAGACUGAUCUGAGAUGUACUACUAUCGAUAUGAGAACGCUGAGGUCAGCUGCUGCUACAAAUACCUGAUGUUCAGUUACAACAUCAUCUUCUGGCUGGCUGGAGCUGCCUUCAUUUCAGUUGGUUUCUGGGCGUGGAGUGAAAAGGGAAUCCUGUUGGAUCUGACCCAGGUGACCCAGCUGCAUGGUUUCGACCCGGUCUGGUUGGUCCUGGUGGUGGGCGGAGUCACCUUCAUCCUGGGCUUCGCCGGCUGUGUGGGAGCUCUGAGAGAAAACAUCUGUCUGCUAAAGUUUUUUUCCGGCGUGAUCGGCUUCAUCUUCAUCCUGGAGCUGACGGCGGCGGUGCUGGCGGUUGUUUUUCAGAGUCAGGUCAGAGAGUGGAUCAACGACUUCUUCCUGGCAAACAUCAAAGGGUACAGAGACGACAUCGACCUGCAGAACCUCAUCGACUCUCUGCAGAGGAUGAACCACUGCUGUGGAGCUCAGGAACCGGACGACUGGGAUCUGAACGUUUAUUUCAGCUGUAACGGGACUCAUCGCAGCAGAGAGAAGUGUGGCGUUCCUUUCUCCUGCUGCAACACUGAUCCUGCUGACUCAGUGGUGAACACUCAGUGUGGCUAUGACGUGAGAAACAGACCAAAGGGUGAGUGGAGUGACCAUAUCUACGUUAAAGGUUGCAUCGCUGCGUUGGAGGACUGGUUACCUGGAAAUCUCUACACUGUGGCCAUCGUGUUCAUCGUGAUCUCUCUGCUGCAGAUGGUGGGGAUCUACCUGGCCAGGACUCUGAUCUCUGACAUCGAGAAGGUCAAAUUCAGCUACUGAAGCGACACCUGCAGGGGGCGGAGCCUCCAUCAGCUGUUACUGGACCAAGUUUCUUCAGUCAGAUGUGCCUUCUUCUUCUUCUUCAGUAACUCUGCUGUAUCUGCCUUCACUUCCUGUCAUCACUUCGUCUUCUGGUGAUCUCGUUGCUAUGGUAACUGAAAACAUGGCGUUGUGUUGAAUGUGUGAAGCCUCCAAAGUCCUGAAAGAGGAUAUUUUUUUUGUUCCUGUGUGAAAGAUGCAUCUAAUAAUCUUCUGAUAAAAAAUAAAUCUCUCUGGACUUCAGGGCUCCGUGAGAACGGGACGUUCUGUUGAUGCUUUUUUAUUUGUGUUUUUUAUAUCGUUGUUUAUGUUGUUUUGUCACUGAGAGCUUCAUCAUCUAACAGACAUGUGCCUGCUCAGCACCAGACUGCCUUCACUUUUCCUGCAGUUUAAGAAUGAACACAAACUGUUUCUCACUGCAGAUUCAGGCCCUUUUCUACUGCUUCAGUCUUCUCUGUGACUGUUUCUUGACCCAGUGUGACCUUUGACCUGAUUAGCUUUUUACCGUUCAGUGCCACCCUCAUCAUCUUCAUCAUCAUCAGAUUGAACUCAGGUCUUUUGUUCCUGUUUCUGUUUUCUUUCAGUCUCUGAACAUCAUGUGACUCGUCCUGAAAUGAUUGUCCUCAUUAUUGAUUAAUCUACUUAUAUUAUUAUUACUUAUAUACUAUUAAUCAAUUAGUCAUUCAGUCUAUAAAACAUCAUAAAGGAGUUGUUGAUGUCUUCAGACGUCUCGUUUUGUCUAAAACCCAGAGAUUCAGUUUACUGAGAUAAAACAGACGCUGCAGAAACUGAUACCAGAGAAGAGUUUCUAUUUGAUAAAAGACUGAAAUGAUUAAUUGAUUAUCAAAAUAGAUGCUGAUUAAUCGAUUCAGUCUCAUCCUUCAUCAUCAUCAUCGUCUGUUUCAGUGAUUUAAAACAGGAAAUUAACCUUUGAUAGAAAAACAGGUUCGUAGCAUCCGGUUUGGUCUCGGUAUCCUGUAGCAGAAGAUGAAGUCUUUUCCGUCUUGUCCACAAAUACGACCCAGAGAGAGAAACUGGAAACAUCAAAAUGUUUGUUUUUCCUUGAAAAGUUUUGAAAUAGUUUCCAGUUUUGAAACAUAAACAAACUGAAGUUAAAAUCAGUUUAAACCACAGACUGUAAAUUAAGAUGGCCGACGCGUCUCCUCUUCCUCCCGCUGGACUAAAUGAAGCCAACUUACCCGGAUACGGGAGCUGCCAUCUUGGCUGGUGACGUCAUUUGGAGCCGGAGUCUGCGCAGUAGUGAUCGGGUUGGAGCCGCGGUAUCGAGGCCCCGCCCACACACGCGGCGGACCCAGCAGAGCUCAGCUGUCAAUCGUGACGUGAAGCCCCGUUUUUAUAGCAUCAAAUAACGAAUUAAAAUCAAACUUAAAAGAAAAACGAACACUUGAACAAACAUCAGCGUGAAGAGAACGACCUAAAGUGACAGAAACCAUCUUUGGGAAAAGUUGAUUUGACGUACUUUGAGUUUUUAGUUUGGCUCGUGUCCCACCCGCUAACAUGGAGGGGGUGGGGCUUAUGAGCUGUACUGCAGCCCGCCAGCAGGGGGCGGUCCAGAUGUUCUGGCUUCACUGCGGGGAGCUGACGUGUCGUCCAUCUUUAAAUACAGUCUGUGGUCUGAACAAACAGACGACGUUAAAUCACAGACUGCUCCUUUAAAAUGUUUCAGCUUCAGGUCAUGUGAUCACAUGUUGAUUGAAUAUGAAGACUGAGAACUUUAUUGACACUGGAUUCAUGUUACCGAGCUUUGAAUAAAGCUUUUUUGUUGAAAUGUUUUGUAUGAAUAUAUAUUUCAGGAUGUUUGAGCCAAUCAGAACAAACCAGAGAAAAAUCUGAAUUAUCGGUAAAAUUUUCUGCUUUAGCUGAUUUUUUUUUUCUUUCUGUUUAAUGAUUUUAAUUAUCAUUUCAUGAUUUUAAUGAUUUAAUUUCAGUUUUUGUGUUUGACUUUAAAAAUAGACGACUUAUUCUGAAGGGAUUCUGUUUUAUAAAAGUGAAUUUUUGUCUUUUUAUAGUCAACAAAAUAAAAAUGAAGUUUCGUCUGA